AUGGUCUCACCGCUACCAUUGACUGACAGCGGGGACAUUGAAGUAUUCCUUCCUUUUGAUCGUCACCUUCCUCAAGCCAAUGCAGUCACCAUACAUCGAAACGUAUCCCAACUUGACGGUAACAACACUAAAUUGAAUUCUGAGCAUGCCCUUGUGAGACAGAGGCGAGCUGCGGGCUGUGUGAGAUCAAAGACAGUGGAGAACUGCAAUGGUAUGCUUAUAACGACAGUGAAGUGCAAAAGACGAAGCGUGGCGUGUCUACACGGUACCUCAGCCAAUUGUUCUCCAGUGACAACUUACUAUGGAAGAUGUGGCCGAACGUUCGUCACAAAUUGUUUAUGUGCUUCAUAGGUUCGCUCUGUAUAUUUUGUUACAAUCUUUUCGGCAUAGUAUAAUAUGAAUUGUACAUUUGACUUUGAUGAUCGGCCAGUGGACUGUAAGAUACGUCUGUCUGAUAUUCAGAAAUUAUAGUGUAUUUUGAACAAAACUAUUGUAUUUCGUCCUAAUUUUUCUAUGAAAUUUAAUGGACAUUAAAUAUCUAUUCUAAAAAGUAUUGACUUAAAGUUGUUUCACGUUUCAUUUGGUCUUGUAUGCGGGGAAUAAAGAGCGAAUGUUGAUCUUUUGAUUAAUUGGACAUUGAUGACUUAAUGAUAGCGUGUUUAUUUGGAAGAACAAAACGCACCUUUAAAUGAGCUAAGUGUGAAUAACCUCAAUUUACCAAAACAGUUUCGAUAGCCCAUCUCGCCGUUUCCUGUAACGUCUUUCCAACAUAUCGCGCCUUUUCCGCCUGUUCUGUUCCUUUUUUUCAAGCGUCCCGCCUUUUCUGUAACCUCUUUCCCUUCACCUUUCUAGGAAAGCUUAGGGUAUGGUUUUUGAACGAGUAACAAAAGUAUAUUUACCGAUUUCUGUAGCUUUCACCUUACUAAAAUUAGUAAAUACCUGAAAUAUCAACAAGACUAAAGCUAACACCACUGCAAUCGUCAAUCGUCAUCGCUGAAUAUGAUUGGUUAAUUUGAUUUUCAGCGGGUGUUGUAAUUGGUUACAGCAAGAGAGUAUACUUUGGACCUGGUUUGACAAUACUCCAUCUAAAACCAGUAUAUGGAUCAGCUCUCACUCUUUGUUAUUACAAAUCAACUUUAAGAAGCUGGAAUUCAUGAAAAUCACCGUUGGUCAGCAAUGUCCAUGAUGGCUGCGUGGAUCCUGGAGCCGACGGGUCGAGCCACAGUGGCCUUUCUGAGGCUAAAGUUUUUGGUAUUCAUUCUUUGAAUAAUUUGGUAAAAUGGUAAAUAAUAUAUAGAUCAGUAGCCAGGGCUAAAAGCGAUGCUUUCGAUAAUAUUUUUCGCGUUUUUUAUUCGGGGCAUAGCGCGCUGUGCGGAGGGUAGUAAUUAUGAAUAGAAGUUGACAAGAGAGAUGUUUGUCCUCUCUUGCUGUUGAGUAAUCAGUUUGGAUCCUCAAAGAUUUUCGGCUACAUUGUCCAGGCUCUAACAAUUCUUCACCCCACCAUUCCUAUAAAAAUCCGCUCCAAAAAGAGACAGAAAAUAAUUAAAAUAUAGAAGCUGCCGUAUUACCUUUUAUCUCCCAGCCAUAACAUAACAAUUGACUUGCUCGCAAGUUAGUAAAUUAAAUCAGUACCCUCCGGUAUCUUUCAUUGUUAUUUCUAAUCGGUAUGUGUAAGUUGAUAAAGGAAACGUAAAAAAAUGAUUCUCGGUAUAUUAGUUACUCCAUGAAAAGGUAAGAGAAAUGUGAAAAUCAUGGGCUGAUUUUGUUGUUUAUCGAUUUUCAAUUUCAAUUAAAAAAAUCGAUUGGUGUUGGGUACACUGAUGACAUUUUUUAAUCUUUUGUUUUUUAAAUCGGGCAAAAAUAAUAAUUGAAGAGGUAUUUUUGAUAAAAAUUAUAAUAAUUUAGAUAUGAUAGAUCGACUGUAAAGGAGGCUUUCACACCUCUGCAAACUGUUCAAUUCUUAGCAACUUCUCACCGUGUCACCCCACCCCUCCCCCGGCAUCUCCUCAAGUUUUGACCGAGUGGAGCUUGGGACCAGGGGAAACCAAGAUGGCGCCUGAUAAUGGCGCCGUUGUCGACAUUGUUCAACUUUAAAUCGAAUACGCAAGGAUUCUGCGAGAACGCGGCUUGAUCUUUCAGUUCAUUGGUUUAUCAACUUCUGGAUCAUUUAACUGUGAUAAAAAAAGUACUUUAUUGAGAACAAAAAAGGCUCAAGGCUGUGUACAAACCCUUGUGACAAAGCACUGAUCAUGCACUGCAUGGAGAAUUUUGAUCAAAGUACAGGUAAGAUGUAACGGUUUAAGCUUACACGAAAAUUUUAGAGCUAACGAAACUACGUAGAAGCAGCUUAGUUGAGAAUUUUAAAUUAGGUUGAAUUGCUUGGGUUAAGAGGGGUCAGUUAGAGAUUGAUGGGUAGUCAAAAUGUUUUGUGUUGUUGUUUUAAGUCACGUGCCCAAUUCCCUUGCUCAGGGCUGUCACCCCCGACGUCUUCAAAUAUUGAGAAUUUAUAGCAAAGUGAUGAUAGAUGACAUCAUAACACAUAGCACAUGACGUCACUUGUGCAAAAGAUACCUGUUGACUCCAAUCGCCACGAAUUUGUGAUGACACAAAACGCAUGAAAAAGAUGUUGUUGUAUAACAUUAUUGACUUGAUUGGUUUACUUCCCACCAAUCACAUUAUUGCUUAUAGUAUACUGGCAUACAGGAGAUUAUAAGGAAACAUUCGAUGUUAAAAGUACAAAAAUAGCUCAAACAACGCAAAAUAUUUGAAAUUUAUUGUCGGAAAGUCAACUCUACAAGAAAUGGCAAAAUUCGGCUAUUAUCCAGGGGAUAUCAUACUCAAACCUAGAGACAGGGAGAUACGGUCCAAAAUCUGGUGUCUCCCAGAUUAUCCGGGAGAGUUGACAGCACUGCUUGCUGGUGCUGGCAGAAAUGGAAAGCUACUGAAUGGUUUAUUUUUUCUCCAUUUUUGCACGGUCUUCAUCCUGUUACCCCUAACAGUGACCAGAAAUUUUUCCUCAUUACAGCCCUUUGUAAAGAGUCAUUUCCUAGAAUAUACCCUUCCACGUUUUUUCAACUUGUAAUAUGGACCUGUUAGUUAGGUGUGUCGACACCUUAAUAAACAAAAUACAAAUUUGUUAGAGAGGAACAGUCUCUGCUUUAAUUUGCAUUUUGUUUCUAUUUUCCAUUCAUUCAGCAGCCUUCUCUUAUUGGCCACUUUUCUUUCUCCCCUCUUGUUCCCUUUUUUUUGUUUGGUGCCAUCACUAUCACCACAGUGGAAGCUGUAUAGGGAGACCCUCGGGACAUGAAAAAUAAUCAACAGGGCUGGUCACUGCCAGAGACUGUUAUUUACUUAUAGUAGGUAUCCACUAAGUUGUUCAUUUUUGCCUAACAGGAGUCAGAUCAGUGAAAGUAUAGUAUGCUGCCUAGGGCCUGUAGUUUUUCAUCUUCAUCUGAGAAAACUGGAGCCUCUAACCGUUUGCAGAUGUCAGAAAAAAGCGGCACUUUCUCCUUAGUUAAUUAAAUACAAAUACAAUUGGUUAUUGACACUCCCCUUGUGGGGUUUUCAGUGGCAAUGUGAGACAAAUAAAAGAAACUAAUAAGUUAAUAAAAAAAACACAAUAAAAAAAUACAAUAACAACAUGCCUAUUUAAAAGUUAUUUAUGUAAUAAAAUGCUAUCUCUAUGUGCUAUACAACAUGCAUAUUUAAAAGUUAAAAACAUUAUAAAAUACUGUUGUUACAUGCUGUUUAAAAAAUCAGUAAUCAAUUUAUUUUUGAGGUAAAACUUACAAGUUGAAAGGCCCAGUUAUUAAACCAGAUUGUAGACAGUGUUUGACAAACCAACCUCUACAUGUAAAUCAUUUUAACUUUGUGCAACCCUCUCGUCCAAGCAUUGUUUGCUGUUAAUAGCAUCAAGAAGGCUAGUACAGCUUAGACUAGAGAGCCAGUUGUAUAUGUUACAAGUCAAACUUUAUUUCAGGUUAAAUUUGUUUAGUAUAUACUAAAACAGUGGAUAGUGUUUUUCGCAUGCUCUGAUUGGCUACUCAGUCAGUGAAUAUCCUGCACUAUUCACUGAUUCACCUCCAGUUCCUCUGAGCGAGCGACGCCAAACUCGCGUAGGUUGCAAGCAAAAUGCUUUCCAGGUUUGCUGCCGUAACAAACUAAGAAAUUUCACAACUAAUCAAGCAAGCUAUUUCCGAAAUACAUGAAGAAGGUGACGAAGUUCGGUUUGGAAGUUUUAACAGGUAAAGCUUUGUCUUUUUGACUUGAAUAGUUAUCGAUAAAACCGGUGAAAAAGUUUUUUGUUUACAAAUGCAAAUUAAGCUUAAGUCUUGCGCUACUUUAUUUAGUUGACUUGUUCAUAAAUAAGCUUAAAACUAAAUUUAAUAAUCUUUUUUACAGAAUUAUUUUAAAUACAGACAGAAUUCACAACUCCUUUUGAAGAAAGUUCCCCGCAAGAGCUAAACAAACGCCUUCAAAAGUUUUAUUUGUCGCUAAGAAAAAGCGACGGCUGUGGCCUUUCGGUCAUCGCGCGCCAAAAUUGUAAUCGUUGGCAACAGUAAAUGAGUUAAAAAGCAUCAUUUUGUACUCAAUUAUCUCACUGUUUUAGUAUAUACUAAAACAAUUAUUCACUUCAGUGUCGGUGGCUAGUAGUGGAUAAUUUACCUUGCCGCUUCGCGGCCUCGGUAAAUAUCCAAUACUAGCCACCUCCACUUCGGUGAAUAAUUGUUAUUUAGCCCAGGAUUCUUCUCAAUUUCCUAUGUCUUCUAACCCUUUUUUGUCUCGCUUGCGUAAGCAGCGAGACUCAUAACCUGCAAUGCGUUCUUCGCCCCGGAGGGGGGGGGUUACUCCCUUAUAUAGGCCAUAUAGGUAAGUGCGGCGCCAAAGGGUAUGGUUUUUAGCCGUUUCGGUCUAAAAUAGGGUAUCAAUUUCAACCAUUUUGGUCUGAAAUAAGGUAUGGUUUGUGUACUCUAGUCUUGAAUUGGGUAUGUUUUUUAGAAGAAUUAGCUACUUCUUUAUCAUUUGGUGAUAACAACAUUUCCCUUUUAAUAUUUACACCAACUACCGUGUACGUGCUGUAACAGCUUGUCACAAACUCUGGUCACGUGCUGGGCUCCAGGGCUUCAGGUCUGAAAUAGGGAAUCAAAUUUUUUAUCAGGUCUGAAAUAGGAUAGGGAAAAUCACAGAUUUUGGACUGAAAUAGGGUAAGGGUUUCAGGAAGUGUGCCGCACAUCCCCACCCAAUUUUUCUGGAAUCCCCCCCCCGGGCUUUUUCGUCGUAUUUAGGACACAAAUCAGGGGUCAUUGUUCCAGGCGUAGACUGUGAAAACUGGGACUAAGGAUCACUGCGUGAUCAAAGUCACACAUGUUUUGCGAGGAAAGCUUAGGAAAGAUUAAAUUUGGAGUUUUUCCAAAAUGAGUCAGUCCACACAUUCUGUCACUUGAAAUCAUUGAUUACUUUCAGUUGGAACAAGUGAACACUACUGAGUGGUCGGAAAAAAACUAAGAAUCUUAAUUAGCAAAAUUGUGAUGGUUGGAUGUUGUAAACUUUCAUUGUGUGCAAAUGGUCUUGUUAUGAGCAUGCAAUUUAUUUUUGGCGAUGAUUGAAAUGAUCAAUGUGCCAUGUAAAUAACUUUUUUGAUCUCUGGCAAUGAUGUAAUUUCUCUGGAAUUGAGGCCCUUGAAUUUUCGUGUGUUUAUUCACGCAUAUAGCCUGCAACUGCAGAGGUAUUGCUGGCCGUCACUAACAUGCGCACUAAAUCAAUUCAGAAACAAAUAAAAAGUAUCGAUGUCGAUAAAGUAGGAAGUAAAAAACCUUUAGCAAGUAAAUCAUGUUUCUUUUAGAAUUAAUCUCCUCCUUGUUUCUCGAUUUAAUCUCCAAGCAGGCGAGACUGAAUGCCGCUGUAAGCACAUUCUUGUUAUUCAUGAAUAAGGACCAGGAAACAAAGGAAAUUAAGAAUCAACCUACAUUAAAUCAAAAUUAACCUGAAAUCAAAUUUGACCUGUAACAUAUACAUAAAAUGAACACCUUCUAAACAGAUCUGAAUUGCCACUGAGUCUCUUAAACUGCCAUUUAGCCUUUAGACUAGUAUGAGAAAUCAAACUCUUUAACAUGACUGUUGUUGUGAAAGCUAGGACUUCAGCUGACCAACCAGUUCCCUUAUUCCAUUCACCACUACCCCCCUUCUUUUUGAAUUCCUUUGUGGUUUACACAUGGCUGUGAUUCUUUGAUUUUCAUUUUUUUAAAUGACUUUUUGUUUUGUUGCAGUCAUAAGUCUCCAGUGACAGUUGUUACCCUGAAGAGUAACAUAGCAAAGACAGAACCAAAAUGUAAGUUUUACAUUACCCCCUUCCUAGCAGUUGUUCUUUAUACAUUGUAAUAAUUUCUUGGGCCUUUUUGUAAUUGUUUUGGGGCCAUAGCAAACUGUACAGGUAAUUUCUUGGGCCUUUUUGUUAUUGUUUUGGGGGCAUAGCAACCUGUAAAGAUGCUACUAGGAUGGCUAAGGUAACUAGGGUGGCAAGGGUGACUAGGAUGAUUAGGGUGACUAGGGUCGGUGACAAGGGUGACUGGGCUGACUAGGGUGACUUGGGUGACUGGUAUGACUAGGGUGACUUGGGUGACUUGGAUGACUAGGGUGACUUGGGUGACUGGUAUGACUUGAGUGACUAGGGUGACUUGGGUGACUGGUAUGACUAGGGUGGCUAGAGUGACUAGGGUGACUUGGGUGACUGGUAUGACUAGGGUGACUUGGGUGACUAGGGUGACUUGGGUGACUGGUAUGACUAGGGUGGCUAGAGUGACUAGGGUGACCUGGGUGACUGGUAUGACUAGGGUGACUUGGGUGACUGGUAUGACUAGGGUGGCUAGAGUGACUAGGGUGACUUGGGUGACUGGUAUGACUUGAGUGACUAGGGUGACUUGGGUGACUGGAAUGACUUGAGUGACUAGGGUGACUUGGGUGAAUGGUAUGACUAGGGUGGCUAGAGUGACUAGGGUGACUUGGGUGACUGGUAUGACUUGAGUGACUAGGGUGACUUGGGUGACUGGUAUGACUAGGGUGACUAGAGUGACUAGGGUGACUUGGGUGACUGAUAUGACUAGGGUGACUUGGGUGACUGGUAUGACUAGGGUGACUUGGGUGACUGGUAUGACUUGAGUGACUAGGGUGACUAGGGUGACUUGGGUGACUGGUAUGACUUGAGUGACUAGGGUGACUUGGGUGACUGGUAUGACUUGGGUGACUAGGGUGACUAGGGUGACUUGGGUGACUGGUAUGACUUGAGUGACUAGGGUGACUAGGGUGACUUGGGUGACUGGUAUGACUUGAGUGACUAGGGUGACUAGGGUGACUUGGGUGACUGGUAUGACUUGAGUGACUAGGGUGACUUGGGUGACUGCUAUGAGUAGGAUGACAACGAUGACUUGGUUGACUUUGACUGAUUGAGCAACUGACUUACAUGUACCAACUAACUGACUGACUUACAAACUGACAAACUGUGGAACUGAUCUUCUGGCUGACUGACUUAGGACUAACUGAGAAACUAGCUAAUUGACUGUCUGACAUACAAACUGAGCGACUGACUGACUGAUUGAGCAACUGACUUCCCUGUAUGAACUAACUGACUGACUUACAAACUCACAAUCUGAGCAACUGAUCUUCUAACUGAGUGACUCAGGGCUAACCAUACAACUGCCUUACUAACUGAGAAACUACAAUCAGCGACAAAAUUGUUGAGACAUUGUACUCAAAUAGCGUAACUUCAGAGAACAAAAGAAUCCACACCCCUUCCCUGUCCUCUCCAUUCAAAGUCGGGGUGUUUUUUGUUUUCUAUAGGUAGCUUGAACAUCGGCACAACGUUGCAUGGAGGGGAUGGGCCUGAAGGAAAAUUUAUAUUUCCUCCUUUUGAAGUCAGUAAAAGGUAAAAAAGCCCAGUUUAGGGCAAAGUGUCUCAACUCAUUUUGUCGCUGAUUGUAGCUAAGUGACUGUCUGAAAACAAACUAACCAGAUGAUUUACUGACAAACUGACUAAUUUACUUACUAACUAAUCAGCUGAUGUAAUAACUGAGCAACUCAGUAACUGGCUAACUGUCUAACUGACUGACUGACUGAGCAAAUUAGUUACUGGCUAACUUUUUGACUUGUUGAAUGACUGAGUAACUGAGUCACUGGCUGAUUGUUUGAUGACUGACUGACUGACUGACUGACAGAAUGACUGAAUAACUGAGGGAAUGACUGACUGAUUGAACACCUCACCAAGUGUCUGACUAACUUCAAGCAACUGACUAGCUGACCAAGCUCAAAAAGUUACUGACUAGCUGACUGGCUACCUGACAGACAGACUGACUAACUGACUGACAGAUCAACUGACUGAGUGACUGGCUAGGUAAGGCAAGGGGGCGGGGUACUGUUAUCAAAGGAGGAGUGCCUUUUGCUAGUACAGUCAAGGGGUUGGUUAUAAUUUAUUAUAAUUAUAUGUGGUAAAUUUUUCCAACAUGUUUGCUCACUGGUAUUCAUGAAAAUGUAAUGCAGUUAAAGCUUGUUAAUAAUGGGUACUAUGUGGACCAUAUUAACAAGUUGUCUGUAUUGAGCAGGUUGAAUUUAGAGAGAGAUUAAGGGCUUUCUUUCCCUAGGGACAAAGCAAACUGUCUGUAGUAAUAAGCUUUCCAAACUAAGCAGGCGUCUGUAAAGCAAGGUUUGACUUGAAUGGGAAAUUAGACUAUUCUGAAAAUAACUGAUGAGCUUCAUUGUUUCCAGAUCAGAUGCCACAGAAAGACUGAACAAGGACCUUCAUGAGCCAAGAGCCUCUGUUAUCUUCAGUACUGUAAGUGCUGUAUGGUUUGUGUUUUAA